AUGAAGUUCACUCAAAUCCUCUCUACGUCUGCAUUUGCAACCGCCUGCUUGGCCUUUGAUACAUCGGCCACUGAAAGCAUCAACAAGGACUAUGAAGUCCUCGGAGAAUGGAAUUCCCGCCUGCAGUCGGGUACUCUUGACUCGGACAACCUGGGCGAAGCUAUGAUCGCACAAGCGGCGAAGUUGGAGGAUCCCGUGGAAAUCGAGGAUGCCCUUAAGAUCGAGUCUCAGAACGAGGCAGGAGAAUGCUCUGCACUUGCUGAGGCUUCGGAAGGCCUCGCUAACCGGCUCUCGGUUCUGUUCCACAAUAUCGAGGAACCCAGUGUCCUAUGUGAAGCCAGCUUUCAGAGCAAGAUCGAGGAGUCCGGGAGCACUAUCGCACUCCAUCCUCAUAUCCUCGAGGUCGCGGAGGUAACCCUCAAGAGGGACUGCGGUGCCGAUGCUGAUGACGUCCAAACGGCUCUUGAGGCCUUCCCGCAGACUUUCUCCGACUUUGAUGCAUUCCUCACGACUCUGAGCAAUGCUAAUGAGACAUGCUCUGGCAACUAG